UUUCUCGGAGAUUGUGUGCUACGUUAAUACUUUCCUUUCGAUGAGUUGACUUUGCAUCGAAUAACACCGCUAACCUGACAGCAACAACCAUACACUCACCAACACAAGUACGAAUGCUGUUGCUUAUUACGGUUCUCAGUUUUUCACAUUCGAUCAAUUUGGUGUGUGUUUUGUUGCUUACAGUCAAACUACAGCGGCUACAUAGUUAUAUUGUGGCGUCGCAUAAAACGCAAAUCACAUUUCACUCAUGACAAAAAAAAAUAUUUAGAUCAAAUUUUGCACCGUUUAUUAUAAUUGCAAGGCGAUACGACGCAAAUAAUUCCAAUUUAUUCAAGUACAUUUUAUGUGUGUGUUUUUUUUAAAGUUUGCUAUUUUGAAUAAACUUUGAUUCAACGAAGAAGAAGAAAAUUAGCUCACAAUGGAUUCAUCAUUUGAUAGUUUGAAGUAUGAAUCGGACAUCAGUGAAUCCAGCGAAUCGGUGAAAUCAACAAAGUCACGCGGUAAACCUCGACGAAGUACUGCCCGUCGUCGCGAUUCAAUCAGUUCGACACACAGUCAGCCGGUACGACGCAGUCAACGGCUUAGCACGCUAUCAGAAGUCAAAACUGAAGUAAACGCCAACUAUGACGAUGAUGAAAACAUAAAAAAGCAAAAGUGGGCUAUGAAUGGCAAAACAAUUGAUCUGUCCGACACAAAGCCGGGGUAUGAAAAUGGUCACGAAGACAUCAAAAUAUUGGGCGCUACUGAAGUCGAUGGUCAACUCCAGUUCAUGUUCACGUGGAAAGAUCAGGAUGUGCCACAGCUCAUUCCGAACAAAGAGGUCAAAAUCAAAUAUCCCCAAGCACUGAUGGCGUUCUACGAAAGUUGCAUGGUAUGGGAUGUCUCAGAAGAAGGCGAAGUCGAUGCCCCUGAUGUGGAUGGCACUGGGGACAAAUAACGACUACGCCGACAGUGCACUGUGCUAUUCAUGAAUAGCCACCAGCUUGACUCUUCAAUUUACCAAAUCCAGUUUAAAAUUAAUCGAACAUUGACAAAAAAUUCUAUUAAGGACUAAUGAAAAUUGAAUAAUUUUAAGAAUAAUAUUAGCGCACGUAAAAAUUUCGGCAUUUAGAUAGACAAACAAACAGACACCAACACAUUUUGUAUGUGAUUUAAGUUAAACCUGUUCAUCAUUAGAACGAUGCAUGUGAGCAAGAGAUCGUAAAACCAUAAACUUUUGACAUUUUGAUAUGGAUUCGACUAGAAAAUAAUGAAAUAAGGGAAUUUUCGAAAUAUCACUCAAACGAAAUUGGAUUGCAACGGACUAAAAGCAAUGAAUGAACGAAAUACAUGACAAUUUUAGACGUUGUACCAUUUUCUUGUGUGAUCAUCCUUUGAAGCGACUUUGGUAUUAGACAAUAAAAAUAAAUGCGAUUUUCGAUUAAAA